CGUCAGCAGGAGUCAACGUAGAACCGGAAACUCAACUCAGACGAUGGGCAGUGUGAAAUAAGAGAUGUGGUGGCUGAACCACCUUAAUAAUGUUUAGCAUAGAUAGACUAAGUACUUUUGUUAGUUCUGUAUUCAAAACUAGGUCCAGAGAUCAGUCGCCUACAGUUCAAAUAAGGAUACCGGCAUUUCCUCCGGUCGAUGAACUGUAGCCUACCGAACUCCAGCCUCGGUGUGAAAAAAACAUGACACAGUCGGCGCAGUCGGAGCCUUGGAUCUAUGGAUUCAGCAGGACUGUAUUCGGGUCCCUCACCCAUGUUGUAUGUGCGGUAUUCACUCUGUUUAUCACCGUGUUGGCCAGACCUGGGUCAAGUCUGUUCUCCUGGCAUCCAUUCCUGAUGACUUUGGCGUUUUCCUUUUUCAUGACAGAGGCAGUGCUCCUCUUCUCCCCGCACGCCUCUCUCCUACGGAAGCUGCCCCACAAGACCAAGGGCCGUGUGCACUGGGUGCUUCAGUGCCUGUGCGUCACCACCGCAGCUCUCGGCCUGGGUGCCAUCUGCUACAACAAACACCUGAACGGCAAACCCCACUUCACGUCAUGGCACGGACUGCUGGGCCUCGUCACGGUGGUCAUCGUAGGGCUCCAGUCCCUGGCCGCCCUGCCUCUGAUAUACAUAAAAAUCGCUAAGGGCUGGUCGCUGGCCAAGCUGAAGAGGUACCACGCGGUGACCGGCCUCCUGACCUACCUGCUGGGCAGUGGCAGCCUGCUGCUGGGGCUGUGCUCCGCCUGGUUCACGGGUCUGGUGGGCGGACAAGCCUGGUACGUGGCGGCCCUCUGUCCCGCCCUCAGUGCCCUGGUGGUCAUGAGCCAGGUGACCAGGGCCUAUCUGGCCCGCAAACAAGUCAAGUCAUGAAAGGAUAUCUGUCCUCCAGUCCAAUGGUUGCUAACUGGCUGCGUUCCUCAUGCUAUCAAGGACGUUACAAUACACAAAAUAGGUGAGGGGACGCAGACAGGGGAGAGCGUCAAGAUGAUGGAGGAGGCGAUGAGGCUGCACAUGUUGCCAGAUUUCCAGAUUCCUCCAUGGAACUACAAGGCCAGAGGAUGGAAGGACCAAUUGGAGGAUAGAUAUUGGGGUCCAGCCUAAGUCUCGGUCUUCACUUGAAAGGAUACACAUGUGUCAUCUAGGAAAGGAUGUGUUCCUAUCCAUAGUAGUUUGGACUCAGGGGGUGUAAAAAUGGGACUUCAAGGGCUUUUUCCAACCUGGGUAUCAGACCUUGUGAUUUUGUCAGUGUUUUUUGAUCAAAUAUAGCAGGGAUGGGCAACUUACAUAAGUAGGGCCACAUAUUUUCAUGAAUACCAUCAGAGGGCCAUUAUAUGACCACGAAUAUGACUCUAACUUGCAAAGUUUGAGGUGCAGUUGGUUGCUCACUGACUGCCGAUAUUGUUUGGAAGGAAUAGGUGUUGUCUAUCGGCCAACAGUAUAAUUACAAUGGAUUGAUUUAGUAGUGAUUGAAAAAAACUGGUCCUCUUUUUAAAUGAUUUUUCAUCCACUGGGCAAACACAGCAUGAGGAGGCGGGCCACAUGUGGCCUGCAGGCCUCCAGUUGCCCAUCCCUGAACUAGAGCUUUACCUUGCCAUCCUUAUGCACCUUGGAUACCUGGAUCAAAUGAUUCCUGUAAACUAUGCAGUAAAGGGAAACAAUUUCAACACAAAGAUGUACUGUCAGUAUGACCUCUAGUCCUGUACUGCUACUAUCCUUAUUUGUAAGUGUAUGUGAAUUCUGGAAAAUAUGUGUAGCUAUUUUUUUUCUUAAAUCCUAUGAGAUGAAACAAGUGAAUUAAUAUAUCGAAACUGCAAUAUUUUUCUAUCAGAGCUGUACUGUUUUGUGUUGCAUGAACUGCUGGCCCCCUUUAUAAAGCUUUUUUUCCUUUUCA